AUGGCUCCCCUCGACUCCUCCCAAGGCCAGCCACCGAACCAGCAGCUGCUCCAGGUCGUCGCCCCAGUCAUCCUCGACCUCCACGGCCUCCUCCCCAUCCCGUUCGUCUGCACCGCUGCCGUCACGCCAAGGCCGGCGCCCCUCUGCUUAGCUCGCCUCGGACCAGCAGCAGGAGCAGCAGCAACCACCAUGGACGCCGCGCCCAUGCCUUCCUCCCUGCCUGGAUCCGACGUGGAUUCGUCGUUUCCCGCUACUCCGGCCUCCCUCGCCUUUUCCUGCGUCACCGGAGCCCCGCGUCGCCUCCCUGGAACGAACGUCGUCGCUGCCGUCUCAUGCGUCGAGCCCUCGGUUUCUGCAGGAGCAGCAGCAACCACCAUGGACGCCGCGCCCAUGCCUUCCUCCCCGCCUGGAUCCGACGUGGAUUCAUCGUUUCCCGCUACUCCGGCCUCCCUCGCCUUUUCCUGCAUCAUCGGUGCCCCGCGUCGCCUCCCUGGAACGAACGUCGUCGCUGCGGUCUCAUGUGUCCAGCCCUCGGUGACCUCUAGCGAACGCCAAGUCCACGGCGUCGCCGGGCUCCGUUUCCCCUGCUCCAGAUCGAGCGCCUCGCUCGCGUUGACCGUGUCGCUGCCCAGCCGGCCACUCCAGCGCCAAGGCCCGGCCUUCUCCAACCUGCCCCGCGCCCCUCUUGGGCUUCCUCCACCGAACCAGGCCGAAGCCCAUGGGUGA